AUGGCGAACCAGGAAAGCGUUGAGGAUAGCUUAGGAAAAUUAUAUUUAUCCCAAGAAGGUGAUGAUAACUCAAAGUCGACGAAGGAGGACAAUCUUGAAUCUAUUGCCCAAUUGAUUAAGUCGAAAGAAUGUAAAAAUAUCAUUGUUAUGACUGGAGCUGGCUUAUCAACUGCAGCUGGUAUUCCCGAUUUUCGAUCACCUGAUAUUGGAUUAUUUACCAAAGUGAUGCAAAAAUAUCAAGUGACAAGCCCGGAAUUGGUGUUUAGUAUCGAUUAUUUUCACGAAAAUCCAUCUGUAUUUUAUGAAAUGUCUCGUGGAAUGACUGAAACAGAUUAUAAACCUACCAUAGCUCAUUAUUUCUUAAAGUUAUUAGCUGAUAAGAAUUUACUCUUGCGACAUUAUACACAAAAUGUUGAUGGAUUAGAUUUAGCAGCCGGUUUAUCCGAAGAUAAAGUGGUCACCGCUCAUGGUACUAUGUACACCGCACAUUGUACAACUUCGGAAUGCCAUACCAAGUAUACUUUGGAAUGGUUGAAACAACAAUUAUUAAAAACUCCAGAUAUUACCGUACCACGUUGUGAUAAAUGUCAGGGCGUAAUAAAGCCCGAUGUUGUCCUUUAUGGUGAACAGCUGCCAAAUAAAUUCUUUACUAUGCGAUCUGCUGAUUUCCCAAAUUGUGACUUACUGAUUAUAAUGGGAACUUCGUUGAAAGUCGAACCGUUUGCAUCGUUAGUUGAACACGUUCCAGAGCAUGCUCCACGCUUGUUGAUCAAUUUAGAAGAAACUGGCCAAGAUCAUGGUAUGUUUAGUCGAUCACCUAGUCAAAUUGGUGGAAUGGUUAAGCACCUUCUUGGAUGGAAUUCCAAUCGGAAAGAUAUAUUUUGGAAAGGAAGUUGUGAUGAUGGUUGCUUGAAACUUGCAGAUUUACUUGGUUGGAAGCAGGAGUUGUUAAAGUUGAAAGAAGACCAACAAAAGAAACCAAGCCAAGAUACUCUACCGAACGUUAAAUUGUAA